UGAAGAGGAAAUUGAACUUGGGAAGCAAAAAGCACAAGCAAUUGCUACGCGUCUUCUCAACGAAGCCAAUAACAAACGACCUCGCACUGUCUCCGAUUCUUCUUAUCCUUCUUUUUAUUCCUCUCAAUCUUCUUUUCCUGGUAUACUUUUAGUUUUUUACCCCUCCCUCCUUCCCCUAGGGUUUUUCUCUCUCCUCCCCUUCCUACUUUUGUUGCUCUGUUUUCUUUAAUUUAUGACAAUUUUUUAUAUAAUUUAUUAAUUAUUACUGUUUUGUGGCUUCCAAUAUUUGCUGAAUUUGAGUUUCAGGAUUCAGUACUAGUACACGAUUAUCGCUUUGACGCUUUUUUUAUUCUGUGUUUUUGGGGUUCUGUAUUAUCGAUUAUAGUAAUUUUACUGUUAUUAUGGUUAUAGCUUCAAUUGAAAUGCACAAUUGAAGUUUUUGCUUAAUUAAAGCUAAGAAUUGUUUAGUGGACGCAAUCAGUAUGCAUUAUGAGUUCUUUGAUUCAGAUUUUUUGAUGUAUUAGUAGCUUAGACAAUUUACUUAUAUUCUCUAACAUGUUCUUUUGAUUGCUAACUUCAUAGUUCAUAUACCUAUAUUGAUGCAGUUGUUAAUUACUACCUCAGGUCUUUAUUAGUUUACAUAUAUUCCUUUUUAGGAUGUCCGUUAUUAGUUUACCCAGUUCUUUUGUUUUUAUUUUUUGGAAUCGGACCACCAACUUUCCAUCACACACAUCCAACUUUAAUAGUAUAAAUUAGUCUUUUCUCUUCCACAAUAUCAUUUCUCCUAAAACUAUGUGCAAAAGAAACGGGUAAACUAAUAAAGACCGGAGGGAUUAUGUUGUUGCAGACUUGCGGUUGUUACUUGUUACGCAGAUUCUUGCGGUUGUUUUGAUGAAAAACAAAUGUGGACUCCUUGUGCAUGACCUUUUUAGUGCUAACUUCAAUAUAUCUUGUGCUGUGAGCCUGUGAAAGUGAAAGACAUGUGGAACCUCGUAUUUUUGCGGCUGUGGCCUAGUAUUUAUCUUGAUGGCACUUCACAUAUAUUGUCUCCUUUUGUGAGCUUAUGAAAGAGUUGAUAUUAUUUGACAUAGAGAGUGUUUGGUCGAGGUGAGAACAUUUUCAUCUGGUUUUUCUAUUUUGCUUUCUUUGGUUUUUAGGGGAAGGUAAACAUUUUCCUUUUAAGAGGAAGGUAUGCCACAUUUUCCACCCUACUCCUUACCUUCCUCUUUCACUUAUCCUGUCCAUACUCCUUUAACAUUUUCAUUUUCCCCUUCUCUUAAACUUUUCUUCUGAGCAACCAAACAAGAAAACUUAAUUUACAAUGAUGUUUUCUAAUUGAAAUUGGUUUUUCAUGAAAAAUUAUAUGAUAGUGAGGCAUAUCCUCAAAUCCACCUUCUUUACGGUUUUAUUUCUUCACAUUCUGCCACUUUGAGUAUCAUAUACUCACUACUCUUCCUGAAUCAAUUUUUUUUAUUUUUUUAGAUGACGAUAUUUGAGUUGUGGCAUUCUUAUCUUUGCCCUUGCAAGGAAGCUUUCCCUUUUAGGACUGGACUGCACCCUUUUAUUUCUGCAAUUGGUGUUUUAGUUCAAGACAUUUUAUUGCGCGGUUGAGUUAUGUAUACCCAGGUCAUGUUAUCAUCUUAUGUUCAUUAAAUACUUUUUUGCAGAUUUUCAAUGUUCUCUGUGGGUUAUAUUUGAAGUUUUGACCUUGAAAUUCUCAAGUCAUGUGAAGAGAAUACUCAUGAUCUUUCAUGUAAAUGAUUGGUGAAUCUUUGCCAUUGGCCCAUAGCACUUUUAUAACCACGAUAGCAAUUACUGUGGGAUUUAUGAUUGCUAUAUAUGUUAUGAUUAUAUAAGCGCAGCAAAAAUACUAGUCCCCUUCUAUAUAUUCUCCAACUUUUUUGCUAUGUAAUAAGUGGCUCUUGGAAGGAGUUUAGCGAUUAUCUUCCAACCAGAAAUGUUGAUGCACUCUAAAAGUUCUUGGAGGUGACCGACCUUUUUUCCAGUUAGUGCCUUAUGAUACUCAAACAAAUCAAUACAAUAGUGUACCAAGUAGCAAGAAAAUCUGUAUCCCAAAUACUGAGGUUGAACCUUUAAUUAGAACUUGUCUGAAAGUGAUUAUUCUCUUGUUUUUGUCUAUUCACCCUCCUUAUAUGAAUUUUACUUGUUGUACAUCCUAAAGGUUGGUGUUAUUAUUGGAAGAGGAGGAGACAUGAUAAAAAAUCUUGAAUUAGAAUCAGGAGCUAGAAUCCAGAUUACUCCAGAUGCGGACGCUGAUCCUACCUCUUUGACAAGGGAUGUUGAGCUGAUGGGUACGCAGGAGCAAAUUAGUAGAGCUGAGGAACGAAUCAAUGAAGUAAUUGCCGCGGCAGAUUCAACAAAUUCUGCCUCAUUUGGAGAUAGAAGCGCUCCUCCCCCACAAGCUGGAGGUGAGCGACUUGUUAUUAAAGUUCCAAAUGACAAGGUUGGUCUCAUCAUUGGUAAAGGAGGUAAAUCUAUAAAAGCGGUGCAGAGCAUGUCUGGAGCUCGCAUUCAGGUUAUUCCGCUUCACUGUCCUCCUGGUGAUUACUCAACAAAAAGAAAUAUCUAUAUAAAUGGAACUAUGAAGCAGAUAGAAUAUGCUGAAGAGCUGGUCUAUGAAGUUAUGAGUGGGAAUCCUUUGAAGUAUCAAGGGUACCCGCAACAGCCAAAUCACGGGCAAGAUGGUCAGGCUACUCCAGAGGCCAAACCUUAUGCAUAUGGACCACCAGCAACAUCUUCACAGCCAGAUGGUUCUGCUGCUGUCCAAACUUCUCAGCAAGGUUAUGAAACCCGAGUUGCAUAUGGUUCUGAUGGCACAGCCCAAUCUCAGCCCCCGUCUGCAUAUGCAACGGGUUAUGGUCAACCUCCUCCUCAUGUGCCUUAUGUUACUCAAACAAAUCAAUACAGUAGUGUACCAAGAAGCAAGAAAAUCUGUAUCCCGAAUACUAAGGUUGGUGUUAUUAUUGGAAGAGGAGGAUACAUGGUAAAAAAUCUUCAAUUAGAAUCAGGAGCUAAAAUUCAGAUACUUCCAGAUGCAGACAUCAAUCCUACCUUUUUGACAAGGGAUGUUGAGCUGAUGGGUACACAGGAGCAAAUCAACAGAGCGGAACAACGAAUAAAUGAAGUAAUUGCGGCGGCAGAUUCAACAAAUUCUGCCUCGUUUGGAGAUAGAAGCGGUCCUCCCCCACAAGCUGGAGAUGAGCAACUUGUUAUGAAAGUUCCACAUGACAAGGUUGCUCGCGUCAUUGGUAAAGGAGGUGAAUCUAUAAAAGCGAUGCAGAGCAAGUCUGGAGCUUGCAUUCAGGUUGUUCCGCUUCACCUUCCUCCUGGUGAUUACUCAACAGAAAGAGAAUUUAUUAGUGGGAAUCGUUCGAAGGUUUUGUCUGGUUCUAAUAUGUACCAACAGUCUAAUAUGUACCAACAGUCUGGCUACCCUCCUAGUGCUGCUUGGACUCCUCAGGGUCAACCUUCUGCACACCAGCCUCCUGCAUAUGGAUACUCUCAGACUGGAACUUAUGCUAUGCCCCAACCACCUUAUUAUGGUGGAUACCCUCCACGGCCAACUACAUGGGACCAAUCAGCUGCUUUACCUCAGCAGCAGAAUACUGGCUACAAUGCGUAUGGACAAGGUCCACCAGCUUCAACUCCCCCAGAUGUUCAUUACAAUUAUGGCCAAGUCGCACCAGCUUACAAUUAUAAUCAAGGGUACCCGCAACAGCCAUAUUUCGGGCAAGAUGGUCAGGCUACUCCAGAGGCCAAACCUUAUGCAUAUGGACCACCAGCAACAUCUUCACAGCCAGAUGGUUCUGCUGCUGUCCAAACUUCUCAGCAAGGUUAUGAAACCCCAGCUGCAUAUGGUUCUUAUGGCACAGCCCAAUCUCAGCCCCCGUCUGCAUAUGCAAUGGGCUAUGGUCAACCUCCUCCUCAUGGUAAUGAUUAUAGUGCUUAUCCAAGUUAUUCAGGUGCACCAGCUGUUCAGCCAUAUUACAAUCAAACAGGUUAUGCACAGGCGAGUUAUGGACAGCAGCAAGAAGGUCAAGUUGCAAGCCAGGCAUCGUACCCGUAUUAUGGACAAAGUUGGUACCCUUCAUCUCAAGCCCCUGCUCAAGCGGGAUAUUAUCACAGUGCUUAUCCUUCGGCCAUUCCUCCAGCACAAGAGCCACCUCAUAUUCAGCCGCAAACAUCUGAUAGUAAAGACUCGAGUAAUGUGGCUGGUGCUGCUGCAGAAAAAAGUGAAGAUCCCCAAAGCUGACAUUAAGAGCAUUCCUGCAUUUAAAACCUAACUUCUAUCGGAUUGUUUCCGUCGCUUUCAAAUCAUUUAUCAACGGAAGUUCACUAGGCUAUUAGAAUUUAUCGAAAGGUUAUAAAGGGUCCAUGAUUAGACCUGAAGGUGCUCGGAUGUUUUCUAGAGUUUUGACUGUUAAAUUUAGUAUUUCUUUUGCCUUGAUGAACUUGAAUUGAUAUUAACUUUUCAGAGAUUUCUUUGAUGAUUUAGCUGUGGUUUCGUUUGUUCUUUA